AUGUUUAAGGUUGGGAGUGGAGAGAACAUUUUCCUAUGGUUGGAUAAUUGGCAUCCAGAUGGGGCGUUGCUUGACAGGUAUGGUCCUCGGAUCAUAUAUGAAGCAGGGAGCCAUUUAAAUGCUAAGUUAGCCACUGUUAUUCAGGAAAAGAAUUGGUAUUGGCAGGCAGCAAAGUCUGAAAACCUUGUGAAGAUCCAAAGCAAGCUGCCUUUGGUGAGUAUUGAUGAGGAGGAUCAGCCUAUUUGGAGCAUUUCUAAGUCAGGGGGGUUCAACUGUGCUGAUUCCUGGAAUGCUAUUCGAACAAAGUACCUGCCAGCCACUUGGUGGAAGUUAGUUUGGUUUCCUGAAGCAAUUCCCAAGCAAGGUUGUAUUGAAGGAAGGUAUCAUUUGUUAUUUUAUUGUAGUUUUUGUAGAAGGGUAUGGAGGGUGAACCUGGAAAAGUGUUUGGUGGAUAACCCUCCUCAUGGAUGGGAUGCUAUUGUGGAAAGAGGAAUAAAAGAAUGGAAGGGCAGGGAGUUGAAGGCUGUACCCUGUAAACUGGCUGAAAAUACUGCAGUUGAAGGAGAGGAUUUACUGCUGAGUGUUGGUUGCUGGCUUCAGCACUCGAUUGAAGCUUCUGCAGAGUAA